AGUUAGAGAAUCAGCUGGAGAAACAAAAACAGAAAGGAAUGGCUGAGGAGCGACAUUUCACACUGCAGAGACGACGGUGUGACUGGGGCUAAACAACGACCGGACACGGCUCGGUCUUCAAAGACGAGCAGUCCAGCAGAGUGUCAGGGACGGUAGAAGUAAGCAGGGAAUCAUCUGCCUGAAGGAAAGUCGCGGGACUGCUGCACGGAGGAUGCUGCCUUUGACAGAACCUCCAAUUUUUUAUGCGGAUCCAUAGAUCUUCCCGAGCAAAUCCAGCCUCGCUUUCACUGCUGCCUUUUAAAAUAAUUUUCACAAUCAUUUUUGUUUACGGAAAUCACCUCCAGCGCCCCACUAAGAGGAUCCCGGGUCGAGAAGCGGGCGGAGUGGCAUGUGGGUCAAUUCUGGAACAGUCGGAAGGGCCCUCUCCAUGGAUAUAGACACAGAUUAUGAGCGGCCGAAUGUCGAGACCAUAAAGUGUGUGGUGGUGGGGGACAACGCAGUGGGUAAGACCCGGCUGAUCUGCGCCCGUGCCUGCAACGCCACCCUCACACAGUACCAAUUGCUGGCCACCCACGUGCCCACAGUCUGGGCUAUUGACCAGUACCGCGUGUGCCAGGAGGUCCUGGAAAGGUCACGAGAUGUGGUGGAUGAGGUCAGCGUUUCGCUGCGGCUGUGGGAUACCUUUGGGGACCACCAUAAGGACCGACGCUUCGCCUAUGGCAGGUCUGAUGUGGUUGUGCUGUGUUUUUCACUGGCCAACCCCAACUCUCUGCGCCAUGUCCGGACCAUGUGGUUCCCAGAGAUCAAGCAUUUUUGCCCCCGCACCCCUAUUGUCCUGGUGGGCUGCCAGCUGGACUUGCGAUAUGCUGACCUCGAGGCUGUCAACCGGGCACGCCGCCCUCUGGCCAAGCCCAUUAAGCCAACAGAUAUCUUGCCCCCUGAGCGAGGCCACGAGGUAGCCAAGGAGCUGGGUGUGCCGUACUAUGAGACCAGCAUUGUGGCCCAGUUUGGGGUAAAGGAUGUCUUUGACAAUGCUAUCCGAGCAGCACUCAUCUCCCGUCGCCACUUGCAAUUCUGGAAGUCUCACCUGAAGAAGGUCCAGCGACCCCUUCUGCAGGCACCUUUCCUGCCCCCACGCCCCCCUAGGCCCAUAGUGGGCAUACCGGAUCCCCCUGCUGUGGAUGGAGAAGGGCUGGAAUCACUCUUCUGCAAAGCCCUCUGCGCAGAUGUUGUGUUCCUCCUGAAGGGUGGCUCCACCCAUGUCUUUGCCCAUAGAAUCUACCUGGCCACUUCAUGCUCCAAGUUUUAUGACCUUUUCACCUUGGACCUUGAAGCACCAGCAGAAGGCAGGGAGGGAGAUGAACUUGCAGGUGGAGGGGAGGAAGAGGAGCAGAGUCGAAGGGGAGCAAAAGAACAGGCUGGGCGGACAAAGAGUCUGGACAUAGACAAAGACCGGGAAGGGGGCUCCAGUGACUGCAAGCAGUCCCUUUUGCCCCAGCAGAGAUCACUGAGGACCUCUCAGAGUGACAACUCCCUCCCAGUCAGCAGUCAGUGCUCUACAGGGUCUGUAGGGCUGGGACGUACUCUUUCCAGUUGGGGACGUGGCUUCCUCAGUGUCCGCCUGGAGCAUGUGGAGGAUCCUGUGACUCAUCGACUAAGGCUUAUGACAGUGGUGUCCAUGGACGGCCUGAUUCAGGAAGGGCCCUUCCGGGCAGUGCUGCAGUACCUCUACACAGGGAACCUGGAUGAGGGUAGGGGAGAUCUGAUGCAGGUAGCCACCAUUGCAGAACUGCUGGAAGUGUUUGACUUGCGCAUGAUGGUGGCCAACGUGCUCAACCGUGAGAGCUUCAUGAACCAGGAGAUCACCAAGGCCUUUCACGUGCGCCGGGCCAACCGCAUCAAGGAGUGCCUCAGCAAGGGUACCUUUGCUGAUGUUGUGUUCCGUCUUGAUGAUGGCUACCUCCCUGCUCACAAACCUUUGCUCAUCUCCAGCUGUGACUGGAUGGCAGCCAUGUUCCGGGGGUCCUUCAUGGAGAGCUACAUUGAGGAGGUGUCCAUCCCCAGCACCAGCAGUGCCUGUAUGCGUGCCGUGUUGGAGUAUCUGUACUGCGGCCUACUGAUGCCCAGCCCCGACCUGCAACCCAUGGAGCUUAUUGUGCUAGCCAACAGACUAUGUCUGCCCCGUCUCGUGGCCCUCACGGAGCAGUAUGCUGUCGAAGAGUUGUUGCAGUUGUCCUUGAAGGGGAUGGACAUUGAUGGACAGGUUUUGGCGUAUCUGGAGAUGGCUCAGUUUCACAAUGCCAAGCAGCUGUCAGCAUGGUGUCUACACCACAUCUGCACCAAUUACAACACUGUAUGUCGCAAGUUCCCCAAGGACAUGAAGGCCAUGUUACCAGAGAACCAGAAGCAUUUUGAGAAGCACCGCUGGCCUCCCGUCUGGUUCCUGAAGGAGGAAGACCGCUACCUGCGCGCUCAGAAGGAUCGGGAGUGUGAGGAGGAGAUCCUGCGCAAGCAGCACACCAAGCGUGGCUGGUGCUUCUGGAGAAACUCGUCUUCCCCCACAUCCCACGUCUCCUGAGCCACCAGCCCCCUCUCCCUCCUCACUGACCCAGCCAACUGUCCUGUGUGUCUUGCUCCUCCUCCCUCCCUCCUCCAGUCUACAAGACCAAACCACACCCAGCAGAGCACUGGAGGGGAUCAUCACCUCCAUGCCCACAUCCCCAGGUGAUGUUACCUGGCCCACUCAUGCAGGUAGUAGCUCAGGGCCUCCCCUGUGCUAACAGUUGUUUCAAAGUGACACUCAGCAGGAUGGGAGUACGUGGUGUCGCCCGGCAGGUGGCAGGACUUCUGUGAAGUGGUCUUGGGAUUGUGAGCUCCGAGACACCACAGAAGGUUUGAGGCAGCCUAUAAGGCCAAAUUGCCUUCCUCUUUUUCGACUGUUAAAUAUGAGCACUGGUAAAAAACCAGAGCCCUGGCUACUCUCACCCAUGCGCUGCAGGGUGGAAAAAAAGCAGAUAAUGUAAUGCCAUUGUUGUGAUUUUCGCUGUGUGGAGAA